AAGUUGCGUACAGAUGCAAAAGUGAGAGAAGUCUACAAGAUUGGGAAAACACUGGGGACAGGCGGCUUUGCAGUGGUGAAGCUGGCGACAGAAAGAGCGACAGGUGGCGAGUAUGCCGUCAAAAUCAUGUCGCUGCCAGAGAGGGGUAGAUCAGUCGGCGACAAUGAGAACUCCCGGGACGACAUCUUCAAGGAGAUAGAUAUCCUAGUCGGCCUCAAUCACCCCAAUGUGAUCUACCUGAAAGAGUACUUUGAGGAAAACAACAGGGUGUACCUGAUUACAGAGCUGCUGACAGGAGGGGAGCUGCUGGAUGCAGUGCUGCAGCGAGGCAGCUACAAUGAAGCCGACGCGCGCGACUGCUUUGUGCAGCUGCUCCGGGGCAUCGAGUACCUUCAUGCAAAUAAGAUCACACACAGGGACCUGAAGCUGGAGAACCUGCUGCUGCAGCGGCCGGCGAAUGAGAACGACAUUCCCAGUGUAAAGGUGGCGGAUUUUGGGCUGGCAAAGAAAAUGAAGGAGAGCCAGAUGCAGACCAUCUGUGGCACGCCCCAGUACGUCGCGCCAGAGGUCAUCCUGGGGACGCCCGGGCUGAUAUAUGGGCCGGCGGUGGACCUGUGGAGCGCGGGAGUGGUGCUGUUCAUCCUGCUGGGCGGCUACCCGCCGUUCUAUGACGAAAAUGAGCCGGCGCUGUUCGCACAGAUCCGCCGCGGUGCCUUCUCCUUCGACGACCCCGUAUGGGACUCCGUCUCCGACAAGGGCAAGGAGCUGAUCCGGAGGCUGCUGGAGGUGGAUCCCAAGGGGCGGCUGACGGCUGCGCAGGCGCUGCAGCACGACUGGUUCACGGGCGGCAUGGAGGAAGACAAGCUGCCCGACCUCUCCACCACACGCGCCAAGCUGCGCAGGAAGGAAAGCAGCCAUCACUUCCGAGUGCGCGCCCCUUUGAGUCCCUUCCCUUUGAGUCCCUUCGGCAGCGCUCUGCACCUUGAACCUCUGCCAUCGAAUGGCUGCCAUCGACUGCCUCACAAAUGA